GUUUAGUUGUCCGGCAGUAUGUUAAGGCACUGGGGCUUUGCUGUGUUCCUGCUAACAAUCCCGAUACCCAUCCAGUCCAGAGCCACUAAUGCUCCCAGCAGCAGACAACGGCGUUCAGUCGGUCACGCUCAGAUGAUGCACGACAGGAGCCGCUCUCUGCAUGACCGGAAGAGGCGCAUGUGGCUCCAGGAUCUGCUUGAGCAGGUGCACACGGCUCAGGUGUGGGACUCACCCAAUCAGAGCGAAGGGAGUGUCCAAACUCUGUCCUGGCCCCGCCCUAAACACACCGGCAGCACCAAAAACAUCCCCUUGGGCUAUCAAAUGGAGAGUAUUGGGACGCGAGACGACCUGCCGCAGGAGACCAGCAAGAGCCUGACAUAUGAAGAGCAGCCACUGAAAGCGGCCAUGAAGAGGAAGAGUAAGAUGUGUUUGGGCCGAUGGAGAGAGCGGGACAGGAGGAGAGACCGAGCGUGUGCCUUCCAAAUGCAAAUGCACAUGAGAGAGUGAUAAAAGGGACGGACGAUUGCAUUGACGGCCAUUUGAAGAGACGGGAGCAUUAAAUAAACUGAGCAGACUUU